CCCAUUCACCAUGGAGCGCCUAGUCUCAACACGUGUAAACACGCGAUCUUCACUAGCUUGUCUCGAGUGUCGGACGAAACAUGUGAAAUGCGAUGCUAAACAGCCGCGAUGCAGUCGGUGCACAGCCUACGACAAGGCAUGCCAGUAUACUGCUUCGAGACGUGGUGGUCUUGAUAGAGCGGCUUUGACCGAGAGGCGGAGACGGCUGGCUAAUAAGGCUGAUGCGCAAUUGGAUAAUGUUGUGUCGGAGAUUUCUGUGGCGGUAGCUGACGAGGGUAUCACUUUGGGGGAUGAAGCUGUGACUGGGGCGGAUUGCAUGGAUGUUUUUCAACAACCUAGCUUACCCGUUCUAACGCCUGUACCAGAGGACCGCGAAACACCACUAUUCAGCCAGGGCAGUCUCAAUGACGAUGCUCUGGUAAAGUCUUACUAUACCAACUUUCACCACUUGCAUCCUUUCGCUCCCCCCUACAAACACUUAGUUCAACUUUCCCAGGUGUCAGCUUUCAACUUCAGUCCCCUCCUAGCUUCCAUGCGACUGAUAGGGCAUAUCUACGAUACCCACAAAUGGUCAGAACCACUAAGCAGCGCCGCCGAGGCUCAAAUAUCCCAGCUCAAACUAUCAGAUGCAGUGCAGGUCCAAGCUCGUCUGCUCUACUCGAUCGCUUUGUUCUGGUACACCUACAAAACUGAAGCAAAAGAGCAGAUGGAUGCUGCUAUCGAUGUUGCCGUCAAGUUGGAAAUGCAUAAGCAGGAGUUCGCUGCUACAUGGGGCUUUGGAGACCCGGUCAUGGCUGAAUGCUGGAGACGAACGUGGUGGAUGCUAUUUAUCGUUGAUGCUUCCUACGCUGGAACACUGGGGACGAUGAACUUCAAGACGCUACAUGUUGAACCCACUGCGGAACUUCCUUGUGAAGAGACAGAUUAUGAGUCAGGUACUAUACCUGCACCAAAGACUUUACAGGACUUCGAUUCUCGCGAAUUCGAUAGCGAAGACGUGGUCUUUUCGUCCUUCGCCUAUCUCAUCGGUGCAGUCCGCUGCGCAGCACAAGUCAUCUGCAUGUCACCAAAACGAGCGACCAGAGAACAUUCAGAAGCCAUCAUACAAUCCGCAGACUCGGCAUUCGACGCUUGGCUUUUACUCCUGCCCAAGGAUAAAAAGCCUGUCCUGAAGACAGAUGGAACCAUUGAUGAGCUAAUGUUUCAAGCUCACUUACUUAUCCAUGUUGCGACUAUUGGCAUACACAGACCGUUAUCAGAUCUGAGAUUCAACCCUGUUGAAAAAGUAUCCAGUUGCGCUCGAGAACCACCAGCAGAUACGCCAAAGCCAGAUCUCAUCAACGUACACACAACUAGAAUUCUCAAAUCCGUCAACGCGCAAAUCCAACUCUUAGCAUUACCCGUCCGCCCAUUCCACCACACCCCUUUCACAACAUGCAUGGUCAGCGAAGGAACACUCGCCCUCCUCUCAGCAUGUACAUAUCUGCUCAAAGACCAAGCAUUGGCAAUAGCGCGAGAUCAAAUCCGCUUGACUAUAGGAUGUCUCAAAGCUGUGGGUGAGGUUUGGCCAAGAACAGCGAGGAAUGUGAAAGAAAUACAGACUAUAGCUCGUCAUGUUCUGGGCCUUGGGGGAAGUAGUGCGGAUGCGGGGAAUACGCCGGGAUCAACGCAGGUUCCAAGUUUGACGCAGAGUGAGGGAGAGGGGAGUAUGGAGUCUCUUCCGACUAUGGACCAGGAUGAUAAUAUCUUUGCGAGCCUGGGGUCUUUUGAGGAUAUUUGUGGAUGGAUUAAUAUGGGUACCGAGCUGGAUUCUAGCUGGAUGGCGGGAAGUACAAGCUGAACACCCAAUAGUCUAUCCAAUCUCUACUUAUGGAUGUCUCUUCUGUAUUACAUUCUAGAUACACUUUAAAACUCGAUGACGACCUUGUAGCCCUUUCCAC